UGAAAAUUGACAACGGAAAAUUUCCUUUUCUUUUUUAAUGCUUGAAGUACGUCAUUAAAUUUUUACUGUCACGUGAUCAGCGCCGCCAUUUUGGCAGUUUGCGACGAGCAACGACGGAACGAGGAGAAUUCGUGACGUCGAUGCCCAAAUAAACAGAAAAUAUAAGUAAAUUAUCUCAAUGUAAGAACAAUUUAUGUGGGAUUAUUCGAAUUUUGAAUGUUUUACGUGUAUUUAUUUCGUGUUAAUUGAAAACAAGUGUUUAUAAAUAAAGCGUUAUUUGGAAAAAUAAAAAAACGCGUGUGUGUGUGUGUGUGAGUGAGUUGAAAAAGACGAUCCUCGUCGGGCCUCGUUUGGACGGCGGGAUAAUCACGAUCGGACGGACAGCCGACCAUCACGGCAGCUGUUCGACUGUUCGAGAAAAUCUGUCAAACAACGGUGACCCCCAUGGAAGGCACGUUGGAAGAUCCCUUGGUCAAGGACCCAUGCCAGGAUGAUGAUGCUGACACUCUUUUGAAAGACUCGUCAGAUAAAAUAAUUCCAAAUGGGGUCAAUGGAGGUUACGACGAUGCAGAUGCUGAGGAAUUUGCAGACUCGUGCGAGGAACAAAAUUCCCCGGGCAAUAAGGAAGUGAAUGAAAUUGACGACGAUGAUGAUAAUGAUGAUGAGUCGAAUGAUGUUGAUGAGGAUGUUGUUAAUGACGAUAAUCCUGGAUCAACAGAAGUAGAGGCAAUUGAUUCGAAGGACAACGAUAAUUCGAAUGAUGGAAAUGAAAGCAGUGCAGCUCAAGAUUCGGAGAGAGUUAUGGGCAUUGAAACUGUUGACGAUGAGGAUAAUGAUGACGAUAUUGAGAUGAGGGAGAAUUUCGAUGAUAAUCCAGAGGAUUCUGAAAGUCGUGGUUCAACGAGAGAGAAUGUUGACAAGGACAUUGUUGAAUUAUCGAAUCACUCGAAAAUCUCGGAUUCAAUGGAAGUGUUGAAUGGACCGGAUGUUAGUGAAGUGUCGAAAAUUGUCAAGGAAUCGAAAGAAACAAAAUGUGAUGAAGCAAUGGACGUUGACGCGCAAAGUAAUAAUUCGGACGUCGAGUGCUUGGACGAGAGUAUCACGCAAAUCGAUUCAGACAACGAUGAUGUCUUCACAAUCGAGAAGCCGGAGACAACAAAUAAAAAGCGAACGUCCGGCAGUAGCGAUAUUCAACAAAUUGAUGAGAGUGGUGAAAUAAUAGACAGUAGUUUAGACACAUCGGACGUGAAAAUUUGUGAGGAGAAUGGCAGUGUCGGAAGUCCGGAUAUCGAGGAGAUAACUGACUCAUCGAAGAGUAAUGGACACAAUUCCGAGCAGGAUGGUUCGACGAAGGGUUCGCCAAAGCAGAAGAAACCUAGAAAACAAGUGGAUCUUAGUAAUAUUACACCAAGACGUAGUUCUCGAAAUAUCAAGAGGACUAGUUACAUUGAAAAGGAGCCGGAGGAGGAGGCCGAAGCGCCCGACGAUGGCUCUGAUAUUGAGGAAAUAAAAAUGGAGGAUCCCCUCGCCGGUAUCGACAUCAAAGACAAAGAAAAUUCCAAAUCCAAAUCCCCGAUCAAGAAUAGUAAAACGACAAUUGUUGUCAGUGAUACAAAGAGGCUCGUGGAAAUUGCCGCCAGUAGCAAAGCCUCCAAGGGAGGAAAGAAGGAACCCACUUUAGUUAUAAUAGACACAAAUUCUAUACUCUCAGGACGGGGUGGUGUGCCUAUAAGUAGUAACGCAAAACCCCAAUCAGUCCCAAGUUCCACGUCAUUCUCCGUUGUUCCAAUGAGCAUGGCACCACAAUCGAUGUAUCCAAAUAUGCGAACAACCAUCACACCCGUACCGAUGAAAUCAACUCCCACGAAACCAGCCACAGUCACACCGAUACCGUCACCAGCUCAGGUCCUACCAGCCCUCACCGACGACAUGUUCGUCGUCGAGGCACCGUCCUUCAUUGUACCUUACGUAUACGAAAAGCCCCCCAUCAAUCCAAUGAAGGAAUUCCUCACAAAACUAAAGAAAGGCAUCGAGGAAGUCGAGAAAGAAGAGAAGAAAGCCGCCGACGAAAAGAGGGAAAAAGAGAAAGAAGAGAACCCCGACGACAGUGAAAAUGAAUCCGAACACAGUAAGAAGGACGACACCGAUGAUCUCUCCCCAGAUGAGAAGCAAAAAUCCGAAACAAAACCCGACGAUCGCAACAAAGUACAAACCUACUUUGAAUUACCAUUAGGAAAAUUCUUCAUGCAAAUCGGAAUGAAUCUUGUACAAGAAUUCGUGCAGACUGAUCUUUUGCGAACGCAAAAAAGAAAGCAGGGCAAGGGUACACCAUCGGCCGAAACACAAAUGGCAAUUAAUUCCCUCAUUAAAAAUCUAGAAUUUAGUAAAGAAAAUAAUGAACCAUUCCAUUUAGAAAUGAAGAAAUGUGAAUUCUGUAAUUUUAAAACUGAAUCGACAAUUGUAAUGCAACAUCAUCUUGAAACACCGCACAUGAAGAAUUAUGUUUAUAAAUGUAAUUUCUGUCCAAUGGAAAUACGCAGUCCACAUGAUAUAUUGUUUCAUAUGGAAGCUGAGCAUAAUGCACGUGGUCGAUUAGAGAGGGGUCCGGCAUUUCAUCAGUGUCCAAAUUGUCCGUUUGAGGAUAAUCAAAAGGGUAAAUUGACGAGACACACUAUUGCAUGCGCUAAGAAAUUCAGACCGGAGAGAAAUUUAGAGCCAGCUACAGAUUGGGAACCACCGGCAAAAAUACCGCGUUUAAAUCGUGCACGACAAUCAAUGCCAACGAGUCCAAGUGCAUUGGCUAUGGCAAUGAAUGCAAAGGGACAGCAACCGUUAUUACCGAAAUUAUUACCGGCACCGAUGCCCGGACGUGGACGAGGUCGUCCCCCAAUGCAACCAAGGUACACGGACUUAAAGACAUUGAGACCUGGUGCUUCACCGAUUCGACAAGAGGGUGUCGCUGGAAUGAUGUAUCGACCGACAUCGUCCGGAUUAUUGGUACCCACUGCUUAUCAAUUUGGCAGCAACCAAAUAUUCCAGAAUCCAGUUGCAAACUCCAAAGGUAGCUCGUCAAAGGCACUUCCGCAGCCGAGUAUAUCAAUUACACCAUUGCCACGAACAGUGCAACAUCAACAGCAACAACAGUCCUCUGUAACAGCAACAUCGUCCAGACCCGCUGGCAAUAAAAGUACAUUUGUCAUAUGUGAGAUUUGUGACGGCUAUAUAAAGGAUCUAGAACAACUUCGAAAUCAUAUGCAAUGGAUACAUAAAGUUAAAAUACAUCCAAAGAUGAUUUAUAAUCGACCUCCUCUGAACUGCCAGAAGUGUCAAUUUCGAUUCUUUACGGAUCAGGGGUUGGAGAGACAUUUGUUGGGAUCUCAUGGACUUGUUACGUCAAGUAUGCAGGAAGCUGCUAAUAAGGGUAAAGAUGCAGGUCGUUGUCCAGCUUGUGGCAGGGUAUACCAAUGGAAGCUGUUAAAUCAUGUAGCGCGGGAUCAUGGUAUGACUUUGAAACCGGCUCAUCUAUCGUACAAAUGCACAGUUUGCACUGCCACAUUCGGAAUGUAUAAGCAGUUCGAAAAUCAUGUGUACUCGGCUCACAGUGUUGUCGCCAAGCGAGUUAUAGACAAAAAGAACGCGCCUUCGUCACCAUCAAGUCGUGCCAAUGAUUCACUACUGAAACCAUUGAAAAUCAACGACGAAAUAACAAUUAUUCCACAACCAGCUAAACCAACAACUAGAUCUAUUCAAGGUCGAGGUAAAUAGCAAUCAUCAGCAGAGUGAUACGUGCAACUCGUUUCAUUAAAUUUCACAUAACUUUGUGGUACUCCAAUAAUGGUCUCUGUCGUUUAUAUAUAUUUUUUUUCUCUUUUUUUUUCUUCUCUUGAAAGAAAAAAAAACAAACAAACAGUGAUCGACGCGAAGUGUACAUGUGUAUGCAUAUUAUGCUUAAGGCACACAUUCACACAAAUACAAAAACAUGAAAAAAAGAAAAGCAACACAAAUUGAACCGAUACCCCCCCUCUAAAAAAAAGAACAUCAUCUAAUUCUCUCUCUCUCAUUCUCUCUUUUCCCUCUUGGAAAAAUACUAGUUGACUGCGAAAAAAAUAAUUAAUAUUCCAUCGACGAUUAUACCUGAUAUAUUUAUUUAAGAAUUUUUAUUGUUGUUAUCAGACAGAAGAAAAUAGACUGUAAAAAAAAGAACAUUGAUAAAAAGGGUGGCCUUCAGUAUGAUUCCUUCGUUGAUCCUCGAGUCGUGCAAAUCCUCAUAAAAAAAAAAGAAAAACGCGCCUCUCUUGAUUGUUCGAAAAUCUACACAAAUAUUAUUCGUGUCUUGUCGUGUUUUAUUAAAAAAUGGAUCUCUCUCAGUACUGGAAGCUUGUAAUUGUAAAUCCUUUUUGUAAACUAGUAUUUACACUCAAGCUUGAAAAAAAACAUCUUUUCAAGAAGACAAAUUUUUCAAGGGUAUUGGGACUUUCUCUUUUUCUAAUUAAUUAUUUAAUUAGUACCGAAAAAAAUAAUUAAUUAUUUUGAUCAGAUUUAAAUUAAUUUACUAGAUAUUAAUUGAAUGUUAAUUCUUUUUUUUUUACUUAAAAAAAAUCUAAAUAGACCACCACUCCCCCUGUAAAUUUUUUUUUCUCGAAAAUCGCACCCGAUUUUUUAAAUAUUAAAUAUCACAGAAAAAAUGUAAAGAUGUAAAAGUUGGACACUUUGUCGAAGUGUCACUUGAACUGUAAUAAAAAAAAAUAUAUCCGCAGUUUUAUUUUUUGCGCUCUUUUCAAGAACAACAAAUUGUACAUUAAAAAUAUAGAAUAUAUAAUAUAAUCAAGUAAAAUACCGGAAAAAAAGCGAAAAAAAACAUACACAAAUGCGCUCGCAAACAAUACACACGAAAAACAGAAUAUUAUAAUUUAAAAAAAAGGUUUUUCCGAUUUUUCAAGUAAGUUUAUCUUUACGAGUCGAUAUAGUUCUUGUUUUUGAAGGAAAAGUGAACGCCAAACAUUAUUGCUUAUAUAAAAAAUAUAAAGGGCCUGUAAAACAUCUUUUUAAACGAAACGAAGAAUUAUUAUUAUUUUUUCUUGUGGAUUGAGCGAGAGGGAAAAUUAUUAUUUUAGUGAAAUAAUUUUUAUCUCAUAUGCGAAAAAAAACUACGAUUUAAAUAGGCUCAUAUAUUAACAAUGUAGAUAGUCCUUUUUUUUGAAUGAAAAGGAAAAGAAAAGAGAGUAACGGGUUUAAUUUAAAUAAUUUCGACUUCUCAUAAUUUUUGUACGUUACUAUUAUAGGUAAAAAGAAAAAAAAAGUGAAUAAUUUUAGAAGAGAAAACGUAUUUCGUGCGAAGGGUUAUAAUAAAUGGUGUGCUUUUGCACUCAGGCGGCUGUAUUAUUUAAAGAAAAAAAAACAAAAAAGAAAAAAAACUCGGCUAUUUGCCAGCCACUAUUAAACGGUGAUCCAUAUGUUGGUAAAACUGAGAGCAUUCAUAGACGUAAUUACAGAAAUUAUAUAGUUUACUGUAAUAAUUUGUACAAUAUAUGAAUAAUUAGUGAUUGCGAAAAUAAAAAAAAGUGUACCAACAUUGUAUUAAAAACAAAAAAAGGUAAAAAAAAAAUC